CCGGAACCCCCCCAGCCACCUGCCCGGCUCCGCGGCUCUCCCGGUGGGCUGUGCCGCCCUCGCCCGCCCGCAGGAGUGGACGGAUCCUCGGUCGUUUGCAGAUGCAGAAAGAGCAUCAGAGACUGUUAGUGUAUUGUAGAGGUGCGUGCUGAGAUACAGCUUUACACCAUCAGGAUGUUCAGUGAACUCAGCAACCUAGGUCUACACCAAUGAGCUGCCUGAGGAUGCAUCGCCUCUUGUCUCAGACAUCUCAGGGGUGCUGGGAACCUGCCUUGCUGUGCCUGUGCCACCCUGCUGGGCUCCGGACUUGACGCCUCUGUGCCCUCUUCUGGCAGAAUGGCCCAAGCAGGGUCACCUGUCCGCUUCCACCCCGAGGAGGGCUGCACUGCCUCUCCCCCGCCCUUUGCCCACAGGGUGAACCAGAGGCCCUGGCUGGCGGGGGGAAGCCCCGAGGCUGGGCGGUGCAGCCCCCCACCCUGCCUCACCCCCAACCUCAACGCCGGCCGCCUCCACCUGCUGCGCAAGGGCCUGGCGCCCGAUGCCCGCCGCUGCCCCCUCGGCCUCUACAACAGCACCGGCUCCUUGGCCCGCAGGCCGGCUGAGGCAGCGCCCUUUGGCAGCGGGAGCUGCCCAGGCACGGGGCGACUGACUGCCCCCUGCACCCCACGGUGGGGCCGGCCCAGCCCAGCUGUCGCCUCUCCGGGCAGCCGCAGUCCGCCAGCCCCAGAGGGACACAGCUCUGUGGUCACCUUCCGCUUCAUUGAGAAGGCCAGUGUGCGGACACUGGGCUGCCCGACAACCCCCCAUCUCCGCUGGGAGAACGGCCCCUACAGCCUCAGCCGCAGUCUGGAGCUCGGUGGGGACAUGGGAUCCCUCCGGCCCCAGCCCCUGCCCCAGGAGCGGCUCCUGCAGACGCUGAAGCUGGAGGCCUCCGCGUCUGACCCACUUCUGGCUGGGGGCAGGACUCCAGGGGGGACACGUCCCUGUGGGAAGGAGUUCUGUGCCCUUGACAGCAGCUGCCUCUGCCGAUCCCUAACCAAUGGGCUGCCAGAGGAGUUCCCCAGCUUUGCCAGGAGUCCCCUGAAGCCAGAACCCCCACAUCAGGGCAGCACAGGGCUGUAUCCCCGGCAGAGCUCUGCCCAUGCCCAGCGCAUUGCCAAGGCCAAGUGGGAAUUCUUCUAUGGCUCCUCAGAUACCUCAAAGACAGGCUCCUCUGCCCCUGACUCCACUCCCCUGGCUGAACUCCCCCAGAAGUCUGUCUCCCCUCUGCCAGCCGAGCCACCAGGGCUGGUACCUGAGCACAGCCUGAGCCAUGUGGAGGUGGAGAUAGAAGUGUCUCCUUUGAGCAGCCAGAAGCCUGGCUCCUGUGAAACUGGGAUUAUAAGAAGGACAGUGAAGUACUCCGAAACAGACCUGGACACUGUGCCACUGAGGUGCUAUCGUGAAACCAACAUCGAUGAUAUCCUGGCCGAGAAAGAGGAGGUGGAUUCAGCAAUUGAGAGCCAGAAGGACAGUGAGAGCAACCCAAGUUUUGUGGGCACGCCAGGCAGGAGGAACAGCACACCAGAGGAGCCACCUGCCCCAGCUACCAGCUGCUCCAAGGAUGGGCUGCAGAACAGGGACAUGGACGAGGACGAUGAGGUGUUUGAGGCGAUGAGGAAGGAAAACAGGGAAAGGAUCAUGGACCGAGACACACAAGGUAUGCUCAAGUCUCCGGUGCCCUUCCUUCUAGGGCACAGCCUCUCCAAGGAUGGUAUGGACUCUUUCAGCAAACAUUUUGAGACUAUCAUGGAGUCCCAUCGAGCCAAAGGCACAUCUUACACCAGCCUGGAUUCCAUUGACAUCCUUUCUUCCCCAGCCCGUACCCAUGGGACCUUUUUCACUUUUGACCUCCCAACACUCACCCCAGAAAUGCAGGGGAAAAUCCGAGACAGCGCCAAGGUGAUCGAGGAGAACUUUGCUCCUCUGGCUCACUUAGAGCCAGACUCUGGGACCAGUUCAGCCACAGAUGCCCCCUGGACAGAGAGGGAGGAGGAACAGGGGAAACGAAGGAAGGGCACUCGGCACAGCCCUUGCCACUCAGAGGACAGCUUUGGCACUCCCUUGGCCUCCAACACAAGCGACCGCCCCCACAGCCAGCUGGUUUCAGACUCAGAGCUGGAGAUGGACAGCGUGGAGCAGCUGGCCCUGGGCAGCACGGACACCCUUUCCAAUGGACACAAGGCUGACCUGGAGGCUGCCAAACGCCUGGCCAAGAGGCUCUACAACCUGGAUGGCUUUAAAAAAGCUGAUGUGGCUCGCCACCUGGGGAAGAACAACGAGUUCAGCAGGAUGGUGGCAGGGGAAUAUCUGAAGUUCUUCGUGUUCACAGGGAUGAGCCUGGAUCAGGCUCUCAGGUCCUUUCUAAAAGAGCUGGCCUUGAUGGGAGAGACGCAAGAGCGAGAGCGAGUGCUGGCUCAUUUUUCCCAGCGCUACUAUGAGUGUAAUCCCAAUGCCAUCUCUUCAGAAGACGGAGCCCACACCCUCACGUGCGCCCUGAUGCUGCUAAACACAGAUCUGCAUGGACAUAACAUUGGGAAGAGAAUGUCCUGCUCCGACUUCAUUGGCAACUUGGAGGGACUCAAUGGAGGCACUGACUUCCCCAAGGAGCUGCUCAAGGCGCUGUACGGCUCCAUCAAGAAUGAGAAGCUGCAGUGGGCCAUAGAUGAAGAGGAGCUGAGAAAGUCCCUCUCGGAGCUGGCAGAUCCCAACCCGAAGUCCAUCAAGCGCAUCAGCAGCUGCAGUAACCCCUUUCUGGACUUUUCCCAGGAUGCCAGCAUUGCCACUUACAAGCACGGGCUGUUAGUCCGCAAGAUCCACGCUGAUCCUGACUGCAAGAAAACACCCCGAGGGAAGCGCGGCUGGAAGCCCUUCCACGCCAUCCUGAAGGGAAUGAUUCUCUACCUGCAGAAGGAGGAAUAUAAGCCAGGGAAGGCACUGGCAGAAGAGGAACUGAAGAAUGCUAUUAGCAUCCACCAUUCGCUUGCCACACGGGCAUCUGACUACAGCAAGCGACCCAACGUCUUCUACCUCAGGACAGCUGACUGGAGGGUCUUCCUUUUCCAAGCACAGAACCCCGAACAGAUGCACUCGUGGAUCACGCGCAUCAAUGUGGUGGCAGCCAUGUUCUCUGCGCCCCCCUUCCCCGCAGCCAUCGGCUCCCAGAAGAAGUUCAGCCGCCCGCUGCUGCCCAGCUCCUGCACCAGGCUGUCUCAGGAGGAGCAGGUGAAGAACCAUGAGACCAAGUUCAAGACAAUGUCAGCGGAGCUGCUGGAGCAUCGUUCCUCACUGCCUGAGAAGAAGGUGAAAGGCAAGGAGUACGAGGAGCUAAAGCAGAAGGAAGAGUACCUGGAAUUUGAGAAAUCCCGCUAUGGCACCUAUGCCAUGCUGCUGCGGGCCAAGCUGAAGGCUGGCUCCGAGGACCUGGCAGCAUUUGAGUCCACCCUCUUUGACACAGCGGGUGGGGAGGACGAUGGCCUGAAAAAGUCCCGCUCCAGCCCCUCACUCAACGCAGAGCCCUCCAGCACAAGCACCAAGGUGAAGCGCAACGUCUCAGAGCGCACCGGCCGCCAGCCCCCUGGCCACCCCCAGAAGUCGUAAGUGCGGGGUCUCAGCUGCCUGCACCGCAGCUCUGUUCCCGUUCCCCCGGCACGGGGGUGGAGGCCGUGUGCCUGCCGAGACCCUGCAUGUGUCCGUCUGUCUGCGGCACGAGCUGGAGGGGGUGACAGCCCUUCUGCAGCCGCCAGCACCAGCCAUGCAGGGCCGUGGCCCCUCCACCGGAGACCGUGGCAGAGCAGGACAGUCCCCAGUCCUUGCCUGCAGGAGCUGCCUGGCCCCAUCAGACUUGUUCCUGCCCCUCCUUGUUCUGCAUUUGGCUGCAGGACCUACUCCUGCUGCCCUGGGGAGAGGGAGCAACUGAAACCUACCCGCUGGGCUCAAUUCUUCAAUGGCUUAAAAAAAAAAAAAAAAAAAAAAGACAAA